UCCCUCUAGAAUCAACCAAAAUGGAGCCUCUUGCUGCUCACCCGUUAAAAUGUUCCGGGCCCAAAGCAAAGGUAUUUGCAGUUUUGCUCUCUAUGGUUCUAUGCACAGUGAUGCUAUUUCUCCUACAACUAAAAUUCCUAAAACCUAAAAUCAACAGCUUUUAUACCUUUGAAGUGAAGGACGCAAAAGGAAGAACUGUUUCUCUGGAAAAGUUUAAAGGCAAAGAGGUUUCACUAGUUGUAAACGUGGCUAGUGACUGCCAACUCACAGACAGAAAUUACUUAGCACUGAAGGAACUGCACAAAGAGUUUGGACCAUUCCACUUCAGCGUCCUGGCGUUUCCGUGCAAUCAGUUUGGAGAAUCGGAACCCCGUUCAAGCAAGGAAGUAGAAUCUUUUGCAAGAAAAAACUACGGAGUAACAUUCCCCAUCUUCCACAAGAUUAAGAUCCUAGGAUCUGAAGCAGAACCCGCAUUUAGAUUUCUUGUUGAUUCUUCAAAGAAGGAACCAAGGUGGAAUUUUUGGAAGUAUCUAGUCAACCCUGAGGGUCAAGUCGUGAAGUUCUGGAGGCCAGAGGAGCCCAUUGAAGUCAUCAGGCCUGAUGUAGCAAAUCUGGUUAGACAACUCAUCCUUAAAAAGAAAGAGGACCUGUGAAAAUACCACUGAGCCACUCUAAUGCAAUAGCCGGCACAGAGAAAUAUCUCCAUGAGGAUUUGAUCUCUUUUUAGAUACUUUGACAAUUAAAUACAGCACUGAAGGAUUUUUUUUUUUUUAAAUAUUGUCUUACUAGUCAAUGGUAAUGAAUGUCCUCAGGACAGAGAUGUAACACAAAGUCAAAAAAAAAAAAAAAAUAGUAGCCAAAUAAUCCAAAGGAAAUAUAUUAAAUGCUCCAUCUGACAUACUAAAAUUUUCAGAAUACA